AUGUCCACGGACCCGUACCACGCCGUGCAGCAGGAGAUCCAGGGCUCGCUCCAGACCGCGUCGACGCUCCGCGCGUCCUUCCUCCGCAUCCGCAGCACCGCGCGCGAGGACAGCGAGGAGCUCACCUGGGCGCGGAACGAGCUCAAAGCGACACUGGCCGCGCUCGAGGCGGACCUGGAGGACCUGGAGGAGAGCGUGAAUGUCGUGGAGUCGACCGGCGCGCGGCUGUUCGGGCUGGAGGAGGCGGAGGUGAUGGAGCGGCGGCGGUACGUGGGCCACGUCCGGCGCGAGAUCGAGGACAUGAGGGCGGAGGUGGAGGGCGGCCGCCGGUCGCGGCCGACGUCGAUGUUCGGUGCGCCGAGUCCGGGCAUCCGCUCGCCCGCGCCCGAGAACGAAGACAGCCAGGCGGAGUGGGCGAGGCAGGAGCAGGAGAUGAUGAUGCGGCAGCAAGACGAGACGAUUGACACCAUUGCUGGGACGCUCAGCACGAUUCAUGAGCAGGCGGGCUUGAUGGGCCAGGAGAUCGGAGAGCAUAACGAGAUGCUCGACGACCUUGAGCGUGGCGUGAGCAAUUCUGACGCCAAGCUAACAACGGCAAUGGCGAAGAUGAAGAAGUUCAUCCGUCAGACCGAGGAAACAAAAUCGGGCUGGUGUAUAGUGAUCCUCAUCAUCAUCCUCAUGGCAUUGCUGCUCGCCGUGAUCCUUGUAUGA